AGAAUCAAUAAAGAAACUACAUAAAAUAUGAGAAAAGAGAGUAAGAUGGAUAUUUUAAAGAUUCCCUUCUCUAGUCCAGUCUUAUGAAGUAGUAUAUUUCCUUCUAAUUGUCUGUUUAGCUGUACAGCCUGCCAACUUCAUUAUUCAGUAUUGUGAUUGUCCUUAGGUUUGAAACAUUUCCCAGAUUUGUGUGUGUGUGUGCGUGUGUGUGUGUGUGUGUGUCUUUUCUACUUUGACUUAUGUUAUUUAGCAGGAUAUUAUUUAAGUUUCAAAUAUUUGGUUAUUUCACAGAUGUCUUAUUGUUGUUAAUUCUAAUGUGGUUUUAUGGUUAACAAACAAUAGUAAUUAAACAUUUUAUUGGGACUUAGUUUAUGGCUAAUCAAAUGUGGUCCAUCUUGGUGAAUAUUCUUUGUUUGGAGAAUGUGCAGGUCUUAGUAAAACAUCUUAGUUUUUUGUAGUUAGGUUAAUUUAUUGUCAUCGAGUUUAUGAACUGAUUUUGUUCUAGUGGACAGCCAAUCACUUUGGAGUUGUGUUUGCUUCAAUAGGGUGAUCAGUGGAGAAGUCCUCAGUGUUUCUUGGGACCCUCAAAUUGACUAGAACUCAGUCACAAUCCAGUUUUUCUAUGGAAUUUGCCAAUGUUGCUUUUAGGCUUUAGUUAGGGUUGUUCUAGAGAUGUCUUAUUAUAAAACCUGGCACUGAUCCCUAAGACAGCUCUUCUAGUAUCUCUGCUGGGUCUGUGGGUGCUCAUGCAGUACUCCUGAAGUUUACUAACUUGGAUAACUCCACCAUCUAUUUCCCAGUGUUUCUCUAUCUCAAGUAUCUCCUGCCCAUACUCAAUCCUUUGGUAUUGACUCGCUGUUCAAUCUUUCUUUUGCAGGUGCAGCCCAGUCCAGUCAUUGAUUAGGUACCAUGACUCUUACAAGGACUUCUGGGGCCACCCGUCUACAUAGCUGGCUCUUCAGUGCUGGAGAUCUUUCCCAUAUAAUUCAGUUGCUUCCAUGGUCUUAAGUCAGAUUCUUGCCCUGCACAGGCUAAGCAAACAGUGAAGCUGCUGUACUCAACUUGAAUGACAGUUCAUUGUCAGUUGAUGAGACACUGUCCCUAGGAAAGAACUAAGGAAGCUAGGGGCUUCUCUGUCCCUUAGCAAACAGAAGCCUUGUAGAGUUGUCCUAUAUUGUCUGAAAAUAGUGCUGUAAUCUUGUUUAUUAUUUGUUCUGAGAGAGCAGAGAUUUGUCAUCCUUUUUUAAAAAAAACAAACUUGAAAUAGGGUUUUGGCAAAAUGAUUUAUUUGUAUUAGUUUUAAUUAUAUAUAGGUAUGUGGAUCUGCAUGUUGGAAUGUGCAUGUGAGUGGAGGUGCCCUUGUAGCGCAGAGGGAUCAGAUCCUCUGAAGCCAGAGUUACUGACAGCUGUGAGCUACCUGAGAUGUACCCAUUGGGACUGGGCUCCACAACCCAGAAGCAGCGUAUUUCUUAAUACCGUGGUGAAGAGAGUGUCUCUGGACCUUCCUAAGUUGGAUCCAAAGAAAGAAAGUCAGAAAUGGUGAUAAGGAGACUCAAUGAGAACUGUGAACCAUGGGAGAGAGGCUGCUGAAGCUAUGGAAGUAGAGGGAGUCUGACCAUGAAACUGGAAGUCUUUCUCAGCCUGAGAGGAACUGGGUCAGCUGCACGACUAAGCAAGGAAGCCAGCCAAAACAUUGAUGGAUGAAAAGCAAACCUGGCGGCCUUUCUAAACAGCUCAUUUUGAAAGGAUUGUAAAUUCAGCAAAGAGAUCUAGAUUGGAGUGAGGAAGUCAGAGUCUCCACACACCACAGACCAGCCUUGAGAACCUGCAGCUCACUGCUCUCUGGGUAGUUAUCACAUCCCGAGGCAAGAAGGUAUAAAGCUGCAGGAACGGGGGACCACUCAAGCUGAAGAAGGCAGGUUCUCAGAGUGUUGCUGCCAACCAGGUCUGGGACAUACCAGAGACUUUAAGGGAAAACUGGGAAGAGCUCUGGGGGCCUUGAACUCAAAGCAGCGAAGUAUCUUCUGGGGAAAGAGGAAGAUGGCUCCCAAAUGUGUCCGGCUGCUCCUACUGCUGAGCUGCGUAGCUGGCCCCGAAGUCCUGAGUGACCUCGUGAGACCCAGCUGCGCUUCAGGGUGGUUUUACUACAAGUCCCACUGCUAUGGGUACUUCCGGAAGAUGGGAAACUGGUCUCAUGCUGAGCUGGAGUGUCAGUCAUAUGGAAAUGGAUCCCAUCUGGCAUCUGUCUUGAAUCAAAAGGAAGCCAGCGUCAUAUCAAAGUACAUAAUUGGCUAUCAAAGAAACCUGCCUGUGUGGAUUGGCCUGCAUGACCCCCAGAAGAAUCAGUUAUGGCGAUGGAUUGAUGGGUCCACACAGCUGUAUACACCCUGGAAUCACAAGUCAGAGAGUGGAGCCAAGCACUGUGCUGCGCUGAACCCCAAGGACAAAUUUUUAACUUGGAACAAAAACAGAUGCAGUGAUUACCAACAUUUCCUGUGCAAGUACAAGCCAUAGAACAAGAACCAAGUGUCUGCCAGCUUCGUACAAGCCCCUUCUUCUUCCCUCUCACCUGGUGGCUGAUGUAAUCAUUAUCCCGGAGAGUAAAUGCAGCAGCAAACACUGAUGAGUCCUCCAGUACACUGACUAUUAGGCUCAGAGAGCUUGGCAUGGUGGGACAGUGACUUCUGGUCUCAGAGCUUGGCAUGGUGGGACAGUGGCUUCCGAUCUCAGAGCUUGGCAUGGUGGGACAGUGGCUUCCGGUCUCCGAGCUUGACAUGGUGGGAUAGUGGUUUCCAGUUUCAGAGCUUGGCAUGGUGGGGCAAUGACUUCUGAUCUCAGUGUUCACGCUACAGUCUUUUCUAAAAUUCCACUUUUCUUUGGCUAUUUAAACAAAUAAAAAUGUACCUCCUGA